AGUGGCCGUGGGCCGUGCAGCCAGCCAGCACCCACCCGUGGACUCCCUGUCGGAGGCUGCGGCAGCGUCGAUAUUUCCCGUCAGCCGCUCGACCAGAGCCGAGCCGCAGAGAGGGCGGAGGAGGCGAGGCGAGGCGAGGAGAGGCGAGGGAUGGCAGAGAACAGCUCCGAGACCAGCGGCUCCCUCCACCGGAGGUGUCCGGCCCAUUCUUCUUCUCCGGGGGACAGGAACGCGGCGGCGGUCGGAGCCUCCAAGUGGAUCCGGUUAAAUGUCGGCGGGACGUAUUUUCUGACGACGAGGCAGACGCUGUGUCGAGAUCCCAAAUCAUUUCUGUUCAGACUGAGCCAGGCUGAUCCCGAGCUCGACUCCGACAAGGAUGAAACCGGUGCCUAUCUCAUCGACAGAGACCCCACGUACUUUGGGCCUGUGCUGAACUACCUGAGGCACGGCAAACUGGUGCUCAACAGGGACUUGGCGGAGGAAGGUGUGCUGGAAGAAGCUGAGUUCUACAACAUCACGUCAUUAAUAAAACUCAUCAAGGACAAGAUCAGGGAACGGGACUGCAAAACAUCACAGAUUCCAGUGAAGCAUGUUUACCGGGUGCUGCAGUGCCAGGAGGAGGAGCUGACGCAGAUGGUGUCCACCAUGUCAGACGGCUGGAAGUUCGAGCAGCUUGUCAGCAUAGGUUACGGGCGGGCCCGCCAGUCAGAGUAUCUGCUGAUUGUGUCAAGGGAGGUGAAGGGAGAGGAGUCUGCUUUGCCAAACAACAGCGGAGAGCUCGUCAGUAUCGGCUCCUCUUACAACUACGGAAACGAAGACCAAGCCGAGUUCCUGUGCGUCGUCUCCAAGGAGCUACACAAUCAGUCGUACGGGACCAACAGCGAGCCCAGCGAGAAGGCCAAGAUUCUGCAGGAGCGGGGCUCCCGGAUGUGAGGAGGACUCAGUAUUAGGAGCUCCAGGUGUUGUGAUGCCGACGUGUCGUACCUGAGGAGGAGCGCUGAGCACAAUGGAGAGUUGGGAGGGGCGGGAAGGAGGGGGGGGUGAGAUUGGGGUGUGUGUGCAUUUAUUUGUCUUCCCUCCACAUUUUUUAUUUUUAUUUCUCGAUGUAAAUAAGUCUGUUUACUGACAAUUCGUGCCUGUACAUUUAAACUGGACCUUUUUUUUUUUUUUUUUUUUUUUUUUUUUUUUAAUUAGCGGCAAGUAUUUUUAUUUCUUAUCUGCAAGUGAGGAAUUGUAAUCUAAUGUUUUAUGCUAUAAAGACGUGGCCGUCAUCAUAUUGGGCCAACGAGUCA